AAAAUGGAUAAAAGGAAUCAUUCCAUGGUGACAAACUUUAUCUUGAUGGGAUUAACAGACCAACCAGAACUCCAGCUCCCCCUCUUCAUACUCUUCCUUGAAAUAUACAUUAUCUCCAUUGUGGGGAAUAUGGGUUUACUCCUACUUAUCAGGAUUAGUUCUCAGCUUCACACCCCCAUGUACUAUUUCCUCAGUAACUUAUCAUUCAUUGAUCUCUGCUACUCCUCUGUCAUUACCCCAAAAAUGUUGGUCAGUUUUGUUUCAGAGCAAAACAUCAUCUCCUACUCAGGGUGCUUGACACAAUUUUUUUUCUUCUGUACUUUUGGUAUUGCUGACUGCUACAUGCUGACAGCCAUGGCCUAUGAUCGUUAUGUGGCUAUCUGUUGUCCCCUACUCUAUAACAGCACCAUGUCCCAGACUCUCUGCUCCAUGCUAGUAGUAGGAGUGUAUACUAUGGGGAUCUUUGGAGCCAUUACCCAUACAAGCUGUUUGGCUAGACUGUCCUUCUGUGGAAACAAUGUUAUCAGUCAUUAUUACUGUGACAUUCCUCCUCUUCUGAAGCUCUCUUGUUCUAGUACCUACAUCAAUGAGCUUUUGGUGAUGUUUCUUGUUGUGGUCAAUUCAUUGGUAACCACUCUACCCAUCUUGAUCUCUUAUGCUUUCAUUCUCUCCAACAUCCUCAGUAUCCAUUCAUCUAAGGGCAGAUCCAAAGCCUUUAGCACUUGUGGAUCUCACCUGGCAUCUGUGGCUGUAUUGUAUGGUUCUGUCAUAUUUAUGUACUGUCAGCCUUCAUCAAGCAGCAACAUCACUCAACAGAAAGUUUCCUCAGUGAUCUACACCACAGUCAUCCCUAUGCUGAACCCUUUGAUCUAUAGUUUGAGGAACAAGGAUGUGAAGGAUGCCCUGAAAAAAAUCAGGAAGGACUGGAUAGUUUCGUGA